AUGGCUUCCAAGUCCUUUGCGGUUGUGGUCUGCCAUGGCUCCUAUCAUACACCCGCUCCAUACCAAGCUCUUGUAAACGCCUUGAGUGAAAAGGGUAUCGAAACCUAUUGUCCCCAACGGCCCACUUGUGAUCUCAGUCAGCUGAAUGUCGGCAAUCCAAACAACCCUGACUUUGAUCGCAAGGCUCCCCCCGGAGGCUAUCCACUCCCCGCAGAUGACGCGGCCGAAAUUGGACUGCUUCUCGACAAGUUGAUUGCAAAGGGAAAGUCGGUACUACUUGCAGGACACUCUUCCGGUGGUUGGGUAGCUGCUGAGGCUGCACAAAAUUCUCGCCAAGCUCCUGUUCGCGCAAGGGAAGGAACAACUGGUGGUGUCAUCGGGAUCUUCUUCAUCGGAGCAUUCAUUGUUCCGGAGGGUCAAUCAGUUCAUUCAUUCUUUCAGCCCCCGGAUGGCAAAAUUGUAACGCCUCCGUUUAUGCGAUUUCAUAAACACGGUGUCCAUGGCCUUGGGACUAUGGUCGACCCUGAGCAAUAUCUCUUCAACGACCUUGAUGCAGCGACUGCGAAAAGAUGGGCAUCCACGCUGACAGCUGCUCCUGUAAUGAAUAGUCCCCUCACCCACAAUCCCUAUGAUGUGCUUCCAUGUGCCUAUCUUGUGCUAGAAAAGGACCAUACAUUGCCCAGAGAAUAUCAAGAAGGAAUGGUGGCAAACCAAAGUAAGCCAUUCACAGUCUACCAUGCACCCUGCGGCCACUCGCCGCAUCUCAGUUGGACAAAUGAGCUCGUUGCAAAGAUUGAGGAAUUUGGAAAUCAAGUUCUAGCGGAAAGCACAACAGAUUAA